AUGGAGAACACCCAGCCAUCCGAGCCCACAAACUCCGACGAACAAUUCUGGACCGAUCUGGGCCUGAAGUACGAGGCAGCCUUUGGCCACGACAUCGGUCUUCACAAGGUCAUCCAGAGAUACCUCAAGAUGCUCCCCGCCUCCGGCCACAUUCUCGACUGCGGCCCCGGCACCGGCAAGCCCGUCGCCGCAGCCAUCGCCGAGAGCGGACGCCGCGUCCACGGUAUCGACAUGUCACCCGGCAUGGUGUCACUGAGCCGCAAGGCCGUCCCGAGCGGGACCUUCGAAGUGGCCAACAUGCUCGAGUGGGCGCCCACGGUCAGCUACGACGGUGCGGUGGCCAGUCUAUCGAUCUUCGAGCUCAGCCGGCAAGAGAUCGCUACGAUGUCACACGCGUGGUUUUCGUGGCUGAAGCCGGGCGGACUGUUGCUGAUCAACACUUUCGGUGCUGAGGAUUGCCAGCAGGUGAAAGCGGGGAAUUACGAUGCUGAUGGGCAGUGUGCGAACAAGGUUGAAUGGAGAUUUAUGAGCAAAAAGAUUCUGAUUACGCUGCUGACGAAAGCGGGGUGGAAGGUGCUGUUGGAGAAGGCAGGAUUCGAGAUCGUCCACACUGAGGAGGAUCUGUUCACCCCACCAGCAGCUGCAGAUUGCGAUCCCGAGCCGCGCUACUACAUUAUUGCCGAGAAACCCUCGAGUACCUCUAGGUUCCACGGUGACGUAUAA